AUGUCUGUGGUACACCAGCUGUCACCUGGGUGGUUACUGGAUCAUCUUUCUUUCAUUAACAAGAUGAACUAUCAACUUCACCAGCAUCACAAGCCUUGUUGCAAUAAAAAUGUGCCCACUUCUGCCCACUUUGGUGCUUGUCAAAUGGAUUCUGUGUCUUCUUUUGGACCCUGUGCUACAUUUACUGCUUCUGACUUGACCACUAAGCCUGAGAAUGAUGAUAGACAAAAUAGUGAUACAUUCAUACAAAAAUAUGUUUUUCGAUCUGAGUUAUUUGAUGUCACCAAACCUUAUAUAACUUCAGCUGGUCAUGAAGAAUGCCAACGAAGUAUUGUAAAGGAAGAGUUAAUGGAUGGUGUUAAAAAAGAAGUCUCCACCUCUGUCAUUGGGAAGAAGCGUAAAAGAUGUGUGGUUUUCAAUCAAGGUGAACUGGAUGCUAUGGAAUACCAUACAAAGAUCAGGAGGCUGAUUUUGGAUGGAUCAUCACAGUUAGUCCAAGAAGGUCUCAAAAGUGGUUUUCUUCAUCCAUUUUCUGAAAAACAGGACACAUGUAGUGAGCAUAUUACUUUACCACAUAAUACUUGCAAUUUAUCAGAAUUAUGUGAAAUGGCAAAGCAUUUGUCUUCUCUUAAUGAAAUGGAACUUCAGACAUUACAAUUGAUGGAAGAUGAUAUGUCUAUUACAGAGCAGGAUUUAUUUUCACGGGUUGUUGAAAACAGCUCUAGCUUCACAAAAAUGAUUACUUUAAUGGGACAGAAAUACUUGCUGCCACCAAAAAGUAGUUUUCUGUUGUCUGACAUCUCUUGUAUGCAGCCACUUCUAAACUGUAGGAAAAAAUAUGAUGUAAUUGUGAUAGAUCCUCCAUGGCAAAACAAAUCAGUGAAAAGAAGUAACAGGUAUAGUUAUUUAUCACCUAUGCAAAUAAAACAAAUACCUGUUCCUGAAAUGGUUGCUCCUAACUGUCUUGUGAUUACUUGGGUGACCAAUAGACAGAAGCACCUGCGUUUUGUAAAGGAAGAACUUUAUCCUUCUUGGUCUGUGGAGAUAGUUGCUGAAUGGCACUGGGUAAAAAUUACCAAUACAGGAGAAUUUGUGUUUCCAUUAGAUUCUCUACACAAAAAGCCUUAUGAAGUGCUUAUACUGGGAAGAGUUCGAGAGAAAGCUGCUUUACCAUUUAGGAAUACAGAUGAAAAGAUGCUCCCUAUUCCAGAACAUAAAUUAAUUGUCAGUGUGCCCUGUACUCUUCAUUCACAUAAGCCACCUUUAACUGAAGUUCUAAAAGACUAUAUCAAGCCAGAUGGACAAUAUUUGGAAUUGUUUGCUCGAAACUUACAGCCAGGCUGGACUAGUUGGGGCAAUGAAGUUCUCAAAUUUCAGCACAUGGAUUAUUUUAUUGCUCUGGAGUCUGGAAGCUAA